GCGCGCGCACCCGUCCGCGCUUGCAGCGUCAUCCUGAGGGGCCGGUUUGAAUGAGACCCCGAGGAAAGGAAGCGCCGCGCCGCCAGAGCUCCUUCUCGCUUCCUCUGCGCGCCCUGAGCUGCCGCUGCUGCCGCUCCUCUCCUCCAGCCUUCUUCCUGCAGGCUGCUCCCGCUCGCCGCCAUGCCGCUUUUCACAGUUAACGUAAAGUGGGGCAAGGAGAAAUUUGAUGGAGUGGAGCUGAAUACAGAUGAACCUCCAAUGGUAUUCAAAGCGCAGCUUUUUGCUUUGACUGGAGUUCAGCCUGACAGACAAAAAGUGAUGGUGAAAGGUGGAACUUUAAAGGAUGAUGAUUGGGGCAACAUCAAAAUAAAAAAUGGCAUGACCUUAUUAAUGAUGGGUUCUGCUGAAGCGCUUCCGGAAGAACCAAUUGCUCGGCCUGUCUUUGUGGAAGAUAUGACAGAAGAACAGUUAGCCUCAGCUAUGGAGUUACCAUGCGGCUUAACAAAUCUUGGGAAUACGUGUUAUAUGAAUGCUACAGUUCAGUGUAUUCGUUCUGUGCCAGAAUUGAAAGAGGCCCUUAAGAGAUAUGCUGGUGCCUUAAGAGCUUCAGGAGAAAUGGCCUCUGCUCAGUACAUCACAGCAGCUCUUAGAGAUUUAUUUGAUUCCAUGGAUAAAACCUCCUCUAGUAUCCCUCCCAUCAUUCUCCUCCAGUUUUUACAUAUGGCCUUUCCCCAGUUUGCGGAGAAAGGGGAUCAAGGCCAAUAUCUUCAACAGGAUGCCAAUGAAUGCUGGGUUCAGAUGAUGCGAGUCCUGCAGCAGAAGCUAGAAGGGAUCGAAGAUGACACAGUUAUGGAAACUGACUCUGGAGCUUCAGGAGCAGCAGCAGCACCUCCUAAAAAGAAGAGCUUAAUUGACCAGUUUUUCAGUAUUGAGUUUGAAACUGUCAUGAAAUGCACAGAAGCAGAAGAGGAGGAUGUCACAAAAGGAAGAGAGAAUCAACUCCAACUUAGUUGUUUUAUCAAUCAAGAAGUAAAAUAUCUUUUCACGGGUCUUAAACUGCGUCUUCAAGAAGAAAUUACCAAGCUGUCUCCAACAUUGCAAAGAAAUGCACUGUAUAUAAAAUCUUCCAAGAUAAGUCGCUUGCCAGCCUACCUGACUAUUCAGAUGGUUCGUUUCUUUUACAAAGAGAAAGAAUCUGUGAAUGCCAAAGUUCUCAAGGAUGUUAAAUUCCCUCUUAUGUUGGAUGUAUUUGAGCUAUGUACAUCAGAACUUCAAGAAAAGAUGACCCCGUAUCGAUCAAAAUUCAAGGAACUAGAAGACAAAAAAGCGAAUCAGCAGCCAAAGAACUCUAGUAAAGGUGAUGGUGCACAGAAGGAAGUUAAAUACGAGCCAUUUUCCUUUGAUGAUGAUAUUGGCUCCAACAACUGUGGAUAUUAUGACCUACAGGCAGUGCUAACACACCAGGGAAGAUCUAGUUCUUCUGGACAUUACGUAUCUUGGGUUAAAAGAAAACAAGAUGAGUGGAUUAAAUUUGAUGAUGACAAAGUCAGCAUUGUUACACCUGAAGAUAUUUUGAGGCUAUCAGGGGGUGGAGACUGGCAUAUAGCUUACGUUCUACUUUAUGGGCCACGCAGAAUCGAAGUAGUGGAAGCGGAAGCUGAUGAAUAGACUUCAUUUUUACUAUUUCUGCCUAGGUGUGAAAUAAAUUUCUUAACUCCAGAGCUUCACAGAGGCUGCAAAUUUGGUUCAUUCAGUCUACUGUCAUUUGGAGCGGCAAGGAAGCAAAUCAGGUUUUGAAACUGACCUCUGCACUAAAGUCACUACUACAGUCAGUCACUCAAUAGUUGUUAUAUUUGAAAUUGAUUUUAGUUUUUGGGUUGCAAAAAAAGACCAUUUUAAAACAACUAAAUUUUAACAAAAUUAGGCAGGCCUCCUGCUCUUUCCUCUAAUGUUAUCAGCAAGAUAUUUAUUACACACCUAUUCAUGCAUCAUUUUGUUGUUAAUUCUUGCAUGGUUUCUACCAGUUCAGUAGCUGUCGAUCCUUUCUAUUGUGUCUUGACAGCUUUGUCAAGUGGAAUAUCAGUUGUUGACUCAACAUGUAACAGUGCUGCUGCCCAUAGCCUAUGGGAAUAUGGCUACAAUCACGUAUUUGUCCAGCCUGAUGUGCCAACCUGGUCUGUUCUGUUGCUGGCAUUCCAUGACUUUGAAUAAAUGGUGAUCAGUAAUGAUGGUGCUUCUUACAUAAAUGU